GUUCCGACCCUAUGAUUAAUGAAGCCGGUGGAUAUAGAAAAGUUCUGUGCAUACUGUGCGAAGGUUGGUAUAGUGAGUAAGAAGCUAUCUUUUCGCCCGUCAUCGCUACCUUGGGGUCCGAUUUCCGUCUUUGUUGACGAGCCCGUAGUCUAUGGCAGCCCCAUUGUGGUGGUGCCCUACCAAACUGUUUUGAAUUGUCAAACAAUGCGGGGCAAUCGCGUUCCUCACAGCCUCCCCACCUUCUACAAAAUGUUCCAGUUUUUGACUAGGCGAGGUCGGAUGGAUUCCACAACCGCACAGAGCUUAUGGCUUGCAUCUUUUUUAGCGACCUAUCAUCAAAACAAGUCUCCUUCGAACUCUUUGGCGCCAUGGCUUUCCUUUGGCCUUCAAACGGACUUAUCCUUCUUCUUUACACCUGAGCAUGCCGCGUUUUGUCCGUUCCUUAAGGAGGCCCGGAACGAUGAAUCACUCCGUGAUUUAGAGCGUUUAGCCACCUUUCAUGUCCGCCUUGCACACACCAUGAUUCAAUUUCACGGACGACGUAAAGGGAUCCCUUCCGCAAGUCAACCAACCUUUGAUCAGCUUAAUUUGGCCUACAGAACUGUGAUUAAACGCGCUUUACCCCUUCCGGUGAAUUGUGAGCCCUCAGCCCCGGCGGAGCUGGCAGAGCUGAUGGAAGCCACUCCUGAUAUGCCAAUAUUACCCUCCCUCAUCCCGGUGGUGGAUUUAAUCCGACCGGCGGUGAGUGUAGGGAACGAUAGUGCUUCCAUGGAGGCUAAUUGUGCAAUCUUCACGUGUGUGGAAUCCGAUUUCGAAUCCCCCGCGACGCGACGUCUGAUUAUCUUUGAAACCACACCUUUUUCAUCACGAAAAGUAGCCGUCAUUGCCACUAAAAACUUAAAGAAAAAUGAUGAAGUCCUUCUGGGGAUUGAGUAGAGGUCGCUUGUAUCCGAAAACCCAAUUUCACCGAUACAUACACUCACACAUAUAUUUAUAUGAUGCAAUAAGACCAAUCA